AAAAUGGGCUCAUAGCCCUCUCUAAAUAUCGUUUCAUGUAGCCAUCACCAAGUCAGCUGUAAGCUUACUGAAGGAGAAGACUAACUCACGAUGAUUCAACUAACUCGCCAUACCGUCCUACUUGCUGGCUUCGUCGCCGUAGCCACAGCCCGCGUAUGUCGGAACUUGACAGUUCCCAUCUCGAUAUCGGCACAGAACAUCAAGUUCACCCUCCAAGCACCGGCGAACGACAUUGAAGUCACGAAUUUCUUCCUAGACCUUGCGCAACCGGGCGUGAAUUUCACCCAAUCAGUGCUAAACUCCAAUGAUUCGUUCGCAACCAUAACCGGCAACUACUCCAUCGGCGCAACCUACUGCGAGCCCGACUCCGGGCCAGGCAGCGCGCUGCAGAUCCUAACACACGGGAUCGCCUUCGACCGCUCGUACUGGGACUUCAGCUUCGCGAACCACAACUACAGCUACGCGAACGCGGCGCUCGCGCGGAACUACAGCGUCUUUUUCUACGACCGGCUCGGGCUCGGCGGGUCCUCGCGCGGCGACCCCGUCACCGAGAUCCAGACGAACCUCGAGCUAGCCGCGCUGUACGCGCUGACUUCCAAGCUGCGGAACGCAGAGGUUUCUGGAGUGCCGGCGUACGAGAAGCUUGUGCAUGUCGGACAUAGCUACGGGUCUAUACUCUCGUACGCGCUGGUGCAGGCGAAUCCCACGGGGCUGUCGGAUGGGCUCGUGCUUACGGGCUUCGCGCAGGCUGCUACCGCGAGCUAUUCCGCGUUCUUCACUUUCGGUGGUAAUUACGUGGUUGCGCGGAACGCGUCGACAAGCUUGGUCGGAUACCCGGCUGGAUACAUGGCCUCGGGCGACCGCACAGGCGUGCAGACCAAUUUCUUCGCGCCUAAUAACUUCGACCCGGCGGUGCUGCAGGCUGCCUACGAGUCGAACCAGCCCGUCACCGUCGGCGAGAUAAUGACCCUAGGUAGCGGGGCGACUGGGAAUAACACUUUCGGCGGACCGGUGUUGAUUAUCACGGGAGAACGCGACAUCCCAUUCUGUGGGGGCAAUUGCGAUUCGACCAACCCCCCUAUUCCCGAUCAAUCGGGGCAGUAUUUCACCAAUACCAACAACUUUGACGCCAUUGUCGUCCCCAAAACUGGGCACAGCUUAAACAUGGAAUACACCGCGGCGACCACGUACACGUCGAUCCUCGACUUCUUGGAUCAGAGCGUAUAGAAUAUGUACGAGGUAACCUGUUAUAUGGAAAGAAAAUUGUUGUCUGUGAAGUAUUAAUAGAACCAUAAACUUAUGUAGUUUUUAAUCAUAUAGCAACAUAUGUUACUACCGUGGUUCGGGCCUCGUUCGUCAUGCGACAAUGUUGGUGACCUACAUUGUACCGUCCUCGAAUGGAGCAUCCUUACUAAAAACAUAUCAAGUGGCUUUUUUUGGAAUUUGCUACCAAGUGA